CCAGUGCCGUCGCCAUCGCUGGCUGCUCUGUGCUCUCUUCUGCGCGGCCAUGCUGCCAUCCGCCCGUCCCAGUCCCUUGCGCCGGCGGCUGGGAGCGAGCGGCCAAGCACCUCCGCCUGGAUCUGGAUCUACAGACGUAUCGGCGUAUCCUGGAUUUUGAAGAUUUGUCGUAUCGGUGUAUCGCCGUACCCGUAUCGCGUAUCGGUGAAACAUAGCCUCGAAGACGAAGAGACGGAGAAGGAGGGAAGGGAUGCUACAAAUCCUUAUUGGAUCCUAAUGACCGAGAUGGUCAGUUCUAUGGUUGUCCAGGAGACAGUUAGCCAAAUUCUGUCUGGUCUGGUUCACAGUUACGAGGGCAAAGAAGACUCAAAUCCAAAUGAUAACUUGGAGAGGCUUGAGAUGGCCCAUAUCAAGCUGGAGGCAGCUCUUGAAACAUGCAGCAGGUGGCGCGUCACGGAUUUGUCAUUGCUGCGUUGGCGCAAGAAGCUGAAGCGAGCUGCUCAAGAGUGUGAUGACACGCUAUACAAAUACAAGAAGAUGAUCCUUGAAGAUGAAAAGAUGGAACAGGAGGUUAGGAAUUCCUACUUUCCUAGACGAAUAGCACAUGCUACCAAAUCUUUUAUUUUCUCUGCCUUUGGCCGCAACAGCUUUGAGUCCAGCAGAUCUGCUGUUAGAAGAUUCGAGUGGUUUGCAGAUAGUGCUAGUGAGUUUCUGAGAUUCAUAGAGCUUGGUGGCACACCUUGCUGUCACAUGCCAUUCAACUCUUUUGUCAAGCACCUUUUUGCAGGCAAGGAACUACAACACAAAAUCGUUCGUGGAAACGAGCACCCUUUGUUCCUACUAUGGUUGAUGCCCUUUGUUACGGAAGAGCAUGGAAUAGAAGCUUGCCUGGUAUUUAUCAAGAAAGACAUAAAUACACUGGAGGAUGAGUUUUUCUUUAGUGUAAUACUGCAGCUUUCAGAAAGUACAGACAUAGUUGGGAUCGCAGUCAACUGCUUGCAGUUGUUCCCCCAUCAUUUUCAGUCCACAGUUGAUACUAUCAAGAAAGAACUUACUCAACUAACUACACAGGACUUUUCAUGGGUGCCAUAUGUUGAUCUAUGGCACAGAAAACACUGGGACAAUCUUCUUAGGUUUAGCACUCAAUGGUUUCGCCCAGAUCCAUUAUGUUGCAAGCAGAAUGACCAGCAUAAGCUUCAGUAUAGUAACCUAGGCACAGUUGAUGCUUCUCUGGAUUCAAUUGUUGAAGUAAAUAUGCAGUGUCAGAUCUCGCUAUCAGAGUACAACAAACAACAACGAACCGCACUAUCUGAAUGCAAAUAUUCUUUGCGUGAUUAUCAAAAGUUGAAAGCUGGAUUCCUCCUUACUCCCCUUGGUCCUUCAGAAAACAUGCUACCUGCAGAUAGAAGUUCUACGAUGGCGCCGAUCUUCAGGAGGGGACAACAUUGUGAGGAUACUGACAUUGUCUUGGAACAACUCGAGGGACCGAAUCUAGCGACCAGAGGGGGUGAAUAG